CGAGUUGACCGAGCACAGCUGCUGGUGGACGGAACGGAGGUCCUGGAAGGAGAACAGCCCGGCCCAGCUGCAGUCCUCUCGGCUCGCCUCCUCCAGGUCCAAGGAGUCCAUGGAGGCAAAGAGAUGCUCCUCCGCGCAGAGACAUGGAUUCAUCUGAAAGCGGUGAAGACAUAAACGGCCGGGUAGAGCGAGAUGGUGAUCCUGGAGGUUCCUCUGGACAGAAGGAGACCUCAACUGCAGAUAUGCUAAGAAUAAAACAACAAAUGUCAAAUCAGUGCUUUGAGAUGGAAGUACAUCUUAACGCAGUUAAAGUUUCUGUUUCAGGGAAACACAGAAGAUCUUGCAGCACUUCUGAAGCAGAACGAGAUUACUCAGACCACAUAAGUGAGCUUGAACGAGUAAAGACGCUCCAAUUUAACCAGACGUUGGCUCUGCACAGAAUGCAGAUGUGGCAUGCGAUGGAAGAAAAAAUAAAAAUAAAUGAUCCAGAGUCAGAUGCUCUAAAAGUUGUGAAUGAACGCUGCAUGGCCCUUUGCUGCCAGAUAAAACAGAUCCAGCAGGAGACAAGACUUCUCCAAGAUGAAAUUACAGAACUACAAAAGAAGAGACUUGAGAUGAAACGGCUCACACAUGACAAAAUGAAAGAAAUGGAAGACUUGAUGUCCUCGAAGGAACACCCAGAUACAGAAAAGUGCAAAGCUGCAUUGGAGAAGGGCCAAAAAAACCUGGAAAAAUAUAAAAAGAUGUCAAUCAUGGCUCAGAAUGUUCUCAGGGGAAUCCUCUUGGCUUGUAAAAUCAACUGGCUGGAUGAUCCCAAACUCCGAGACGUUGCAAUGACACUGGAGGAGUUCCCAAUUACUGACUGAAAAAGACAUCUAUUUCACUAUGUUUAUUAUUUUAUCAAUAAAUUACACAAAUAAUAAA